CUUCAGUUCUUCUCUGUCUCUGAAUUUUCUCUCUGGAAAACAGCUCUCCAUAAAAAAUUUCCCAGAAAUUGGGGAGCUUUUCGAAGCCCUAGAUUUUUCGUUUUCGCCAUGGUCAACGACGGUCAAGCUUCGACGCCGAGCGCGUUCUCGUUCAUAUCGAAGGGAUGGAAGGAGGUGAAGCACUCGGCGGACGCGGAUCUCCAGCUGAUGAAGGAGCGCGCGAACUCGUUCAAGAACCUCGCAACGUCGUUCGACCGGGAGAUCGAGAACUUCUUUAAUUCGGCGUCGGCGUUCUCUGUCCCGGCGAUUCGGUCGCCGCCGGCGGAGAUUGAGUUCGUCAAGAGGCUCCAGCCGAACCUCUCCGAGUUCCGGAGGAACUACUCGUCUCCGGAUUUCAGCAAGAAGGUUCUGGAGAAGUGGGGGCCGAGGUCGAGGAUUCGGAUCGAUUUGUCCGCCAUUAAGAAUGCGAUCGUUUCGGAGGUGGAAGCCGAGGGGGACGAGACGAUAGAUUUCGAUAGGGUUAGGAGAGGGAGGAAAUUGACGUUUAGGGAGUUUUGGGGCGAGUGGAAGGGGGAGGGGGAGGCUGAGGAAGGGCAGACUAAGGAUUGGGAGCCAAUUCGGGCGUUGAAGACGAGGUUGAAGGAGUUUGAGAUUCGAAGCUCGUCGGCGGAGAUUUUUGGCGGGUUCAAGAACAGUGAGUUUGUGGAGAAAUUCAAGUCCGGUUUGAAAUCAAUUUACAAGGAGCCUCAGGAGUCAAAGGAAGUACCACCAUUGGAUGUGCCAGAACUUUUGGCAUCUUUGGUUAGGCAAUCUGGGCCGUUUUUGGAUCAGCUUGGCGUUAGAAAGGAUCUUUGUGACAAAAUAGUGGAGAACUUGUGCAGCAAACGCAAAAACCAGCUCCUAUUACGCUCUCUUUCUUCAGAAGAAUCCUCAAUUUUAGAGAGUGAAAACGUAAAUGACGAAUUGGAUUUAAGGAUAGCCAGUGUCCUUCAAAGUACAGGACAUCGUUAUGAGGGUGGCUUCUGGGGAGACCAUUCAAAGCAUGAUCCAUCAGACCGGAAAAGGCAUGUUGCCAUAGUCACAACUGCUAGUCUUCCUUGGAUGACUGGAACAGCCGUGAAUCCACUUUUCCGUGCUGCAUAUCUUGCAGAAUCAGCAAAACAAAAUGUGACACUAUUGGUUCCGUGGCUCUGUAAAUCAGAUCAAGAACUAGUGUAUCCCAACAAUGUCACUUUUAGUUCACCGGAAGAGCAGGAAAUCUAUAUCCGCAACUGGCUUGAGGAAAGGAUUGGUUUCAGAGCUGAUUUUAAGAUCUCAUUUUAUCCUGGAAAGUUCUCGAAAGAGAGGAGAAGCAUAAUACCAGCUGGAGAUACUUCUCAGUUUAUUCCAUCCAAGUAUGCGGACAUUGCUAUCUUGGAAGAACCAGAACAUCUGAAUUGGUAUCAUCAUGGUAAACGUUGGACUGAUAAGUUCAACCAUGUUGUUGGUGUUGUCCACACAAAUUAUUUGGAAUAUAUCAAGAGGGAGAAGAAUGGGGCUCUCCAAGCAUUCCUCGUGAAACAUAUAAACAAUUGGGUCACAAGAGCUUACUGUAACAAGGUUCUUCGCCUUUCAGCUGCAACACAGGAUUUACCCAAAUCUGUGGUUUGCAAUGUUCAUGGCGUGAAUCCUACGUUCUUAAAAAUAGGAGAAAAGAUAGCCGCAGAAAGGGAACUGGGACAGCAAGCUUUCUCAGAAGGAGCAUAUUUCUUGGGCAAGAUGGUCUGGGCAAAGGGUUACAGGGAGUUGAUAGAUUUGUUGGCAAAACAUAAAAAUGAACUUAGUGGCUUCAAGUUGGACGUGUUUGGGAAUGGAGAGGACGCCCAUGAGGUUCAGAGUACAGCUAAAAAGCUGGAAUUGAAUCUCAACUUUAUGAAAGGAAGAGAUCAUGCAGAUGAUUCUCUUCACAGGUACAAAGUCUUCAUAAACCCCAGCGUCAGUGAUGUACUAUGCACGGCUACUGCCGAGGCACUAGCCAUGGGAAAAUUUGUAGUUUGUGCAGACCAUCCUUCGAAUGAGUUUUUCAUGUCCUUUACUAAUUGCUUAACUUACAAGACAUCUGAGGACUUCGUAGCCAAAGUGAAGGAAGCUUUAGCAAAUGAACCCCUGCCUCUUACUCCCGAGGAAAGAUAUAACCUAUCGUGGGAGGCUGCCACCCAAAGAUUCGUGGAAUACUCUGAUCUUAGCAAAGUCUUGAACGAUAUCACGGUUGGUGAGAAAUUGAGCAAUGCAAAUGGAAAGUUUAUGACGAAGUCAUUGUCAAUGCCCAAUCUGACACAAAUGGUCGACGGAGGAUUGGCAUUUGCCCAUUACUGUCUCACUGGUAACGAAUUCCUCAGGCUCUGCACUGGAGCGAUACCAGGGACGCGUGAUUACGACAAGCAACACUGUAAGGACCUGCAUCUCUUGCCCCCGCAGGUAGAAAAUCCAAUUUAUGGCUGGUAAGAUUGAUGACUGUCAUCUGUUCCGUAAAUUAGGUGUAUUAUUUUUAGUUAGGUAUAGGUAUAGCCGUAUAGGAGCUUGUUGUGCUUGUUAGCUAUGUAGAAGUCGUUAUUUUUAGCAAGGAAUGUAUUUAUUAUUAAAGCACGUAAAAUUAGUCAGCGAAAUCCAAAUUUUGGUAGCCUUGUGUAUAUUAAUUAGUCUUGUAUGUAUAUUUAGCAUGCUAUGCUUGUCCAUUCCCAAGCUUCUUUAAUCUUCUUCUAAUCUUUUCUGAUGUUGUAAUCAUCAUUUAAGCAUAUUAUAUUAGCUUAGACAGUGAAAGCCAAACGUUAUGGAAGAAAGCCAAACUUUAUGGAAGAACGUUGUAGUUUUCCCAUACAAAUGGACUGUGCUCUCAUUGGUGGAGUUGGUGAUAUCUCAACGGUUCUAAAGGAUAUUCCUCUCGUAGGGAAACAGUUGAUGGUUGUGUUCUGGAAUAUAACUAUUUGCAUGUGUAUUUGUAUA